AUGGCAGCUUAUCACGCUCGCUCGAACAGCUUUCCCUCUAGGCAACACCCUCUCAUUCCCGAAUUUGACGAGCAGUUGUGCAGAUUGAGGUCCUCUGAAGCGGCCUCAUCUUCAUCAGCUUCGCUAAGCGGAAAACUUAGCGGACUUCAAGAUCUGCAUGAUUGUGUUGACAAGUUGCUUCUAUUACCACUUAACCAACAAGCCCUGUCCAAUCAGAAAAAUGAGAAAUGGGUCGAUGAGCUUUUGGAUGGAUCUCUUAGACUCUUGGAUAUGUGCAACACAGCCAAGGAUGCCUUGCAGCAAACUAAAGAAUCCACACAAGAACUUCAAUCAAUUAUUCGCAGAAGACGCGGCGGUGAAUCGAGCCUAUCAAGUGAGCUCAAGAAAUUCUUGAACUCCAGGAAAGCAGUGAAGAAGGCACUCCACAAGGCCAUGGAAAGCAAAUGCGCCUUCAGUCUUCUUAACAGGGAUCAAGAAGUUGUUAGCAUGUUAAGAGAGGUUCAAUCAAUUACUCUCUCGGUUUUUGAAUCAAUGUUUUUCUUCAUCUCGGGGCCAAAGUCAAGCAGCUGGUCAUUGGUUUCCAAGUUGAUGAACUCCAAAACAGUGUCUUGUGAGAAGGUCAACGAAUCAAACGAAUUUGCAAGCGCCGAUGCUGCGUUGAACUUGUUGAUCAGCCACAAGAUGAAGAAUUCAGACAGCACGGUUGAAGAGAAUGCACAAAAACAGCUUCAAGAAUUGGAGAUGUGCAUUCAAGAUCUUGAAGAAGGAGUUGAGAGCCUUUAUAGGCGUUUGAUUAAAAUCAGAGUUUCUCUGCUCAACAACCUUAACCACUAG